AUGGCAGAAACAUACUCUUUGUCUUUCCAUACUAUUGGAAAACAUAACUAUGCUGGGGCAGAACUGGAAACUGGAUACACUUUGCAAAAAUCAAUUACGAUAGUUUCCAUUCCAAUCUGCAUUUUAGGAUUACUUGGGAAUGCAAUUAUCUUCUGCCUUCUCUGCCGCUCUGUCAAGAAAACUAACUUUACUGUGUAUUUCCUAAAUUUGGUACUGGCUGAUUUUGUUGUACUCAUCUACUAUGUUAUUGUUUUUGUUUUCUUUCUGAAAGCUGUUCCUAUCAGUCUAUAUACAUUACAUUUAAUGGAUCUGGCACAUGCAUUUGGGUUCAAUGCCAAGACCUAUGUGCUAACAGCUAUUGCUGCGGAAAGGUAUGUCAUGAUUUUUUUCCCAGCCUGGUAUCAACUUCGUCGGCCCAAGCAUUUCUCAGAAAUUGUGAGUGUCAUUUUUUGGGGCUUAUCUGGCCUGCUAGCCAUCACAUUACAUUAUACUUGCAAUCUAGAGAUUGAUACGUCACUCCAGGAAGCGAAUAAGCAUUGUGAGCCUACAAAAAUGGCCAGAGUGAUAAUCAACCUCCUCAUUUUUCUUCCAAUCAUGGUCUUUUCUACAUGUCUUAUUUUCACAAGAAUGCUGCCUGCAUCCCAGGAAGCUCCUCUGAGAAGACUUGACAUCACUAUAGUGGCCACCGUUCUUCUGUUUCUUCUCUUUGCUGCUUCAGUGAGGAUUAUUGAAAUCAUAGCCCGUUGGGUUCCAAAAAUACAUAUCCCAAUUCUCUUUCUCAGUCUUCAUUUUCUUGAUGCCAUAGACAGCAGUGGGAACCCCUAUGUCUACCUGAUUGUUGGCUAUUCAAAAACAAAGCUUGAUUGUCAAAAACCUUUCGAAACACUACUUGAGAGAGCUCUGUUGGAUGAUGGAACAACACAAGAGUAG